AUGGAUCGCCUCAAGCACCUACCCAAGCUGCCGCCUCGAGAACUGGCGUUGAAUGCCGCUGCAGUGACCGCCACGCUGAGUGCCAUCAUCUGGUGCGUUCGAGAUUAUCAUGAGUUCCUGGCCCUGGGCCGGGGCGGUGCCCCAUACAACGUCAUAGGAUGGGCCAUCGUGACUCUGCUUCGGCCAUUUGCCUUAUCCAAGCGCGGCGCAAAACAAGUGUCAAGCUAUCCAGCCGAUGGUGCCCAUGACGAUAUCAGAGAUUUACCGACAAGAGCGGGCUUACCUGCCUCUGUAGGAGGAAUCGUCCCACACCGCCAGCUCUCACAGCAUCCACCCGAGGAGAUGAAGCAGUAUAUUACGAACCUGUUCAAGAAUGCUGUUGCAGGGAACAGUGAUAUCCUGGAGGAGCGCCUUUCUUUGUACGAAAGGCACAACCCAGCUCUUUUCGUGCACGACAAUAUUCUGUCGAGCGCCGACUCCGCCGUGCCGGAGACAGCACGGAUUGCUCGAGGCGAGAUCGGACACAUUCACCCCGAUUUCUCAAUCCACCUAUAUCUUUCUCCUGCGGACGCUCGACUCAUCAUUGAGAAAGGAUGGGGAGAAAAGCAUCGGUUGUCAAAGCCGGAAAAUUCCUUGUUCAAGUUCAAAAGGUUCCACAUCGCCGACACAUAUAUCCUGAUUUACGGACCACGCGACGAAGAGGAGAUCGAGGUCGUACGCAAGAUCCUCCAGAGCAGCAUUCGGUUCAUGACAGGGCGGUCCAAUGUCGAGCUUUCCGAAUGGAGGACGGCAUUAAGCCCUAUUUGA